AUGGCGGCACAGCAGCAAGUUCAAAAGAACACGCUAUACGUAGGAGGAUUAGCUGAGGAAGUAAACGAAGCAAUACUUCACGCCGCUUUCAUUCCUUUUGGUGACAUUAAAGAUGUCAAAACCCCUUUAGAUCAAGCCACACAGAAACACCGCUCUUUUGGCUUCGUUACUUUCCUCGAAAGAGAGGACGCCGCUGCUGCCAUGGACAAUAUGGAUGGCGCCGAACUCUAUGGCCGUGUCCUCACCGUUAAUUACGCCUUGCCUGAGAAGAUUAAGGGUGGUGAACAGGGCUGGGCUGCCCAACCAAUUUGGGCUGAUGCGGACACAUGGUUCGAGAGGCAGCAGCAAGAGGAGGAAAUGCAGCGUAUGCAGGCAGAGAACAAGGCUGCAAUGCAAGCUGCAGAGGAGUUGCACAGAAAGAAAAUGGCGGAGGAGCGAGAAGGAGAGAAGGAAGAUGAAGCGCAUGUCAAGGAUGAUCCAAUGGCGAGGGCUGAAGCAGAAGUCUUGAAACAGAAUAAUUCUUAG